AAUUUCAGCCUGCUCGCUGCUCUCAAAUGUCGGAUGUCUCCAUAGGUUCACAGAUAUUUGACCUAGUGUUCCACCCUUCACAUGCAACUGUGUACACUGCCCUUCUUUCUGGUAAAGUCAAGGCUUUUGCGUAUGAUCACCAUGGACGCACCAAGGAAGUCUUUUCGAUUAAACUUUCUCAAAAGUCUUGUCGUGGGAUUGCAAUAAAUGAAGAUGGGGGAAGAUUAUACACAGUUGGGAAGGGAAAAGGAAUACAUACUAUCGACACAGUAACAGGAAAGCUCAUUGAAAGUCGGGCUAAAGCACAUGAGAUUGCUAUCAAUCGCGUAGAGAGCGUUACGCCGUGGCUGUUAACUACUGGCGAUGAUGAGGGAGUUAUUAAGCUGUGGGACCCAAGGAAAAAAGAGCCUGUGCGGAAAUACACCCACCAUUUUGACUACAUCACCGAUUUCUUGUGGCUUGAUGACAAGAAACAGCUUGUUACCACUAGUGGUGACGGUACGCUUUCAGUGAUAGAUGUUCGGGCAAGGACGUCCGAACCUUUUGCUCAGUCCGAGGAUCAAGAGGAUGAGCUACUUUCCAUUGUCCCCAUAAAAGGCGCUACUAAGGUUGUUGUUGGAACCCAACUCGGAAUACUCUCAGUCUUCAACAGGAGCAGUGGAUGGGGUGAUUGCGUAGACCGCAUACCAGGCCACCCACAUUCCGUGGAUGCCCUCUGUGCGCUUCCUGCUUCUCUACCCAAUGUAGAUCAUACGAGCACCAUUUUGACUGGCUCAUCCGACGGUUUUGUUAGAGCUGUCGGUGUCUUCCCCACAAAACUACAAGGGGUCGUCGCGGAUCAUGGUGAAUGGCCGGUCGAAAGAAUCGCAAUCGGCGAAGGUUUGAACCAGCUGACGCUGGACGAUAGCGAGAAAGAGUCCGUCGAUGCUCGAAAGCCGUUCAACGCUGGUGACUCUGCAGAUACUGAUGAUGAGAGUGACGAACUCCCAGAAACAGGGCAGUUCUGGGUUGGUAGCGCAGGCCAUGAUGAACUUUUGAAGCUUACAAACCUCGGACACUUCUUCAAUGGGAAAGUCCCGGAGGAUGGGAUUGACGAGCGGCAAGAUGACGAAGAUACUAAAGGUAUUCUCCCUUCUGUGGAGGAUGAGCCGGCAGGAAGUGUGGGGGAGCCUGAUAAUGCCGUGCAACACUCUUCGAACGACAUUCGUCAAGAACCUAGCAACAUCAAGGAUUCCGAUCCCGACACUGACACUGAGUAUGAGCUUGCCAAACCGAAAAAGCGAAAGAAGAAAGAGAAAGAUCCUCUGUCGCUCAAGAGGAAAAAGGGGAGAAAUGAAGUGGAAGUUGAAGGAGCGUUCUUUGCUGAGCUUUGAGUGCUGUCGCCAAAAUAGUUCACGGAUGCGUAUUCGAAGGACUGGUCACUAGUGCUUCAGGAUACCUCGUGUCCCUCGUGUCACAAACUCAGUAGGAAGUACUGUCUAAUAGAAAAUCACUUUUCGACGCGAACUGAAUUGAUUGGAGCCUGUUGGAGCUGCUCUCAGCCAAUGAAAUCCCCUCGAA